CCGCGCCGCCGGCGCAGCGAAAUCACACACUGACACGCCCACAACCUACCCAGACCCCCGCGCCGCCGCCACGCCCACCCCCACCGCAAAUCGCCGCCGCCGCCGCCGCCAUGGGCUCCUCCGUCAGCCAGGCCGGGGCCCCUCCUCCACCUCCUCCCACAUACGCGUCGACGCCUCCCCCCUUCGCGCCCGCUGCCGCUGACGCCGCCUUCGCCACCCCGCCGCCGAAACCCCAUGAGGAGGAGGCGACCGAGGAGAAGGUGGACUACCUCAACCUCCCGUGCCCCGUCCCGUACGAGGAGAUCCAGCGCGAGGCCUUCAUGGCGCUGAAGCCGGAUCUCUUCGAGGGCAUGCGCUUCGAUUUCACCAAGAUGAUCACCCCGUGCUUCGCUUUGAGCCACAGCGUUUACAUGGGAUCCACUGAGAUCCCGGCACAGGGAAACGAUGUGAUCAAGGUUCCCACCUCCAAUUAUGAGUUUGGUGCCAACUUUAUCAAUCAAAAGACGAUGCUCAUGGGGAGGAUCUCACAUGACGGGAGGGAGAACAUCCGUGUCAAGCACGAUAUCACGGACUACCUUUCUUUAAAGAUAAAUGCUCAGUUGACAAGUGAGCCCCACUACUCGCAAGGGAUGCUUAAUUUUGAUUAUAAGGGAAAAGAUUUUAGAUCUCAGAUUCAAUUUGGAAACAAUGGCUUCUAUGGAGCAAACUAUAUCCAGAGUGUCACCAAGAACCUUUCCUUGGGAACUGAAGCCUUCUGGCUUGGACAGCAAAGGAAGUCUGGAGUCGGUGUUGUUGCUCGCUAUGACACAAAGAAAAUGGUUGCGACUGCCCAAAUUGCAACCACUGGAAUGGUUGCACUUAGUUAUGUACAGAAAGUAUCUGAAAAGGUUUCCCUUGCAUCUGAUUUCAUGUACAAUCAAAUGACAAAGGAUGUAACAGCAACCUUUGGUUAUGAUUAUAUGCUGAGACAGUGUCGAUUGAGGGGGAAACUGGAUACCAAUGGCGUAAUUUCUGCUCUUUUGGAGGAGCGAUUGACUCCAGGCGUCACUUUCCAGUUGUCUGCAGAGCUUGACCACUGGAAGAAAGAUUACAAAUUUGGGUUCGGUAUGGCUCUUGGAGAGUAAAACGACUUGAGCAAACUCUUCUAGACACAUGUACAAUUAUAGUGGUUGGCAUUAGUCAACAGAGAUCAAGACGAUUCUACUUUUUUUUUUGGCAUUUAUUUGUCUCCCAGUUAUUCGUUCAGCUGCUAUGGCUGUGGCCUGUGGGCCGUGGAGACCUUUUGAAGUUUUGAUUUCACUGGGCUCAUCACUUGAGUAGUGUUAAACUGAAACGGGAAUGCAUGAAUAGACUGCAGUCCAGCAGAUUAGGAUUUCUGCAUGCCAAACGCUUGAUUUCUAGACGUAGUCAUGUCUUGAUGCAAGAUAAGUCUGGGAAAAAAUUAUCGAUUUUUGUUCCAUGAAGAUAAUAUAGACUUUCAUCCAUUAGAAA